AUGUCAUAUCGUAAGAGAUCUCGAGGGAGCAGUAGAAAUGCCCCUUCUUACCUCCUCUAAGCUUCUUGCUUCACAUUUUCAUCAUCACGCGCCGCGACACUACGCUCCGAGUCCUGGCGCCAGACGACUAUCCAACUAACAUAUCCGCACGACCUAUCAGUACCCUCCGAUAUACUCGGACAGUCUUGGGGCUGUAUUGUCAUACUGUCAAAACAUUGGCGUCUGCCAUCGCUGUUUACUCGCUCUCAUCGGCACUCAGUGUCCCGCUGAGCCCAUCUGGUCUCAGGAGACUAACGCCAUACCCCAACAUGGAGACAGUGGGAGGCAUCCAGCGGUGGAGGUCAAAGGGCCCCAAAAUGUGGUUCCCCAACACGAUCGUCCAUGUGAGCUCAUCUGAACAGGACAAAGUCUUUAAUCCCGGGAGUAAAGUCCUCCUCAGUGCGACGGACUCCACAUUCUUCCGCUGGUCAACCCGACUCUCACCAUCCGCUCUCUGUUAUAUCGAAGCCGUUGUUUCGGACGCUUCCGCCCUCGCGUCCAAUAACAAGUCCUUCGUUGCCGUCGGGGACGUUUCUGCUCUAGAGAUAUGGAACGUCACUUCCCCCCUCCCCAAGAAUCUCACCUAUGAUACUCGCCCUUCGCGCCUCAACUUGAUGGGAACUGUGAAUUUCAGCGCAGAAUAUGUGAAGGAGGCGGAUAUUGGAUGGCAGCUGAGGGUACCGACACCAAGGUUGGAGUGUGGCGGGAGGCGGAAUACGGUGAUCGAAGUGGCGUGCUCGGAGGAAGCCAUAAGAAAAAGCGGAUGUAGGCUUGAGUUUCUGCAAAUAUUCUCAGAGCCACCUCUAUCGUUCGACAUGCAAGAACUUCGAUGA